AGCCUUCUUUCUACUUUCCUGUGGCCUCCUUCAUCGAUACAGCGCAGUCAAAGAGGAACCAGCACCCAACUAUCUAAAGAAGACACACACGCACGCACACUAUUGUAUCUAUUUAUAAAUAUUUGUUGUGCGUUAAAGCCAGUUGUUUGCAUUUUUCACAGCGCAAGUUAUUUUGGAAAGCAAAACAUAGGACCUUUUGCUAACCCCAACUGCACACAACUUCGACAACUAUUUUCUCCUCUUAACGCCGAAGAGCAUCGCAACGCCAUUCCACGCUCCCCGCACACGCGAAGGCAUGUUUACCGCCGGAGCCACCGAGGCCGAGGCCGCCUGUGUGGCGGAGCUCAAGAAACAGUGCCCGCCCUCCAUGUUGAAUGCCGAGGAUGUCGGCUUCCUCAACGAUACUGCGUAUUUGCGCUUCGUUCGUGCCCGCAAGGCGGACGUGGCGAAGGCGGCGGAGAUGUUGAAGAAGACCAUCACGUGGCGCAACGAAACGAAGCCGUACGCCAUCACCGAAGAUGAGGUGAAGGAGGCGGCGAAGCAUCUCCGCAUCUCCUGCGGUGGCCACUGCAAACAGGGCUGCCCCAUAGUCGUGCUGUCAGUGAUCGAGCCGGAAGGGCUCACCAUGGAAGCGCGGAAGAAGUUCCUUACUUUCAUGCUGGAAGAAACCGAACGGAAGGGAUACGAUCGCAUUUCGUGGAUCCUGACGUGGGCGCACAUGGCCAAGGAAAAGGAAAAGCGCGAAGACAAGGAGCCGGAUGCGAAGAAACAUCGCAGGGAGGCCAUGCAGAUCAUGCAGGACUACUACCCGGAGCGCAUGAAUCACGUGUUGCUCUUCCAACCGCCCUUUCUCAUUCGCGUGAUGCUGCCUUUUAUGCGGAUGACGAUCACCUCCGUGACCUCCGGCAAAAUCAGCAACAUCGGCAGCAACGUGAAGGACUUCGACAAGUACAUCACACGUGACCAGCUGCCCGAAGUGUGCGGAGGCUUGAAGCCGGAUGUUGUCGUGGAACACUUUGGCGCCCUCCCGCAGGCCUCUGAGGUCGUGAAGUAG